AUGGUGAACGUAUUUGAAAUUCUAAGUGAUGAGAUUCUUAUGGAAAUUUUCGAAUAUUUUGAUGCUCAUCAUCUGUUCAAAGCUUUCUACAACUUGAACGAUCGCUUCAAUCGAUUAGUAAAAGAUCGUCGGUUGUGUUUAAAAUUGAACUCCAAGUGCAUACGUGAUCAAGAUAUGAUCAAAGUAACAAUGUGGUCUCGGAUGGCAAAUUAUCUGACAGCGAUUACUCUGAUUAAUAACAAACACAUUCUAAAAUUCAUGUCAGCGUGUCGAGAAAGUGAUUUAAUCGCUCUUCGGUCAUUGCGUCUUCAUCGUCUUCGUAUUUGCAAAAAUAAAGCGUCCAUAGUAAAAUACAUAUCGAAUUUGCCAACAUUGAAAAACUUAUGUAUUCAAGCAGUCGGUGAUAUCGACGUCUUGACAUUAGCGAUCUUUUGUGAAAAUAUUCUUCCUCAAUUAAAAUCAUACGAAUGUAUCAAUUUCGAUCAAGAAACACAUGUGAGCUCUGCCUAUGGCCCACAGACAAGUAUCGAACAAUUAAUGGUCGGAUGUAUGUUGUACAAAUUACCUAAUCUUCUUACCCAAACGCCAAAAUUACAAUAUUUAAACAUAAAAUUAACUAAUGUUGGACCAGCGGAUACAACAUUAUUGUCUUCACCGUUGCCAACGAUGACAAAUCUUAUUCAUCUCAAACUAGAAAUUCGUUCAGUGUCGUACAUUCAUUUAACAGAUCUUCUGGAAUCAAUGCCACAUUUACAGAGUUUAGAGUUGUCCGGUUCAUCCGUGGGUGACAAUUUCGACAAUGGAUAUCGAUUGAAAGCUUUAUUUGGACAUUUACCAAUUGUUAUUAUAGAAAAUCUUCGAUGCUCAACAGCUGCACGAUCAAUUAAAACCAUUCUAGUCACAUUCGAUACAUUCUGGAAACUUUCUUUGUAUUAUUAUCUUAAUGAACGUUAA